AUGCAUGCUCUUAGCUGGAGGCUGGUUCUCCUUGUUUCUCUGUUCACAUCAGCGUACGCCCAUUCGUGGGUGGAACAGCUUAUGGUCAUUGCAUUAAACGGGACCUUUGUCGGUUCUCCAGGAUACCCUCGUGGAAACAUCCUCCGCUCGAGUCCUUCAUUCAGCGAUACCGCAAUGACUUACCUACUGCCACCUGAUGGCAAAGCGGAAGUCACCGAGACCGAUUAUCUCUGCAUGGACACUCAGCGGAAACAAGUUCAAACUGACGGAAGCCCACGAUUACAGGCGAGCGCAGGCGCCGCCAUUGCCCUUCGCUUUCAGGAGAAUGGCCAUGUAACACUUCCGGAAACACAGAUAGGGAAGCCCAAAAAUCGCGGUACAAUCUAUGUUUACGGAACGACAGAGCCAAAACAGGACGAAAAGCUUGUGGAUGUCCACAAGGUGUGGAAUGAGGAUGGAACCGGUGGCGAUGGGCGCGGAGUUUUGCUGGCAAAGCGGGACUACGAUGACGGGCGCUGCUACCAAGUUAAUGGUGGUGAGAUAUCUCAGAAACGACAAAAGGAGUUCCCGCACGAGGCAGACCAAUAUAUGGGAGGCGAUCUGUGGUGUCAAGCAGAUAUCGCUUUACCUAGCAACGCACCAUCCGGUAAGCCAUACACCAUCUAUUGGAUUUGGGAUUGGCCUACCGCCGCCGGCGUUGACCCCGGCUUGCCGAACGGCAAGCAGGAAAUGUAUACGACCUGCAUGGACGUGGAUGUGCUUGAUCACUCAGACAGCCGGAUGAGACAAGACGCAAAGUACGAGCAUGACCAGUCCCUGAACAGUGCGUCCAUUCCUGAGCAAUUCAACGGGAUAUUUGCGUUGCAGCCUGGCGACUCUUCUGAAGUAACGCCCACGAAACCAGCAGUGGAGACUCCUUCGAGUACUUUGAGCACUGCUCCUUCUUGGUCAGCAACGGGACGUCCAGUAGCAACAGUCACGGUGACUUCCUUCGUGACCUCUGUGCAGUUUGUUCGUCCAACCAGCAAUGCCUGGACAAGUCCAUAA